GUGUCAGAGAUUUACUGAAGACGAUGAGGAUUCAUCCAGAAGCCCAGAGGAUUCUGGGUAAUUCCGCCAUUGCCGUCGUAAGUCUGGAGCGCCUGAACUUCCAGCGUGUAUCGUCAUCAUCUCUGCAGCCUGUGGUGUCUCUGGUCCGACUGCCUCCGCAAGCAGAUGCAGUUUGUGUAGACCGUCCUCAACAGAAUGGGUUCAGUCCAACUCAGGAAGACAUUUUGGAAGUCGGCGAAGGCCCACCCAGGUCUGACGAGUGUCAGGUAGAAACCAUGUCCGCAUGCUGGACUGAACCGUACUGUCCUGAAGGUUCAUCAUACGGAGAACCAGAGCAAGACUCGGGCUUUGACUGUGAAUCCAACCCGGAUCAGCCUUACAUCCUUCUGGAUUCCGGGUCGGACGAUGGCAGAAGCGAAACAGAAACAUUUUACUUGGACCCUGACGCGAAGCAGGCCGUGGUGAUGGAGCUGGACCCGGAGGAGGAGGCGUACCGGGACCUGUGCCUGCAGCUGGAGGACGACCCGGAGGUCAGAUGCAAAGCCGACGUAUUGGAACCGGAGCUCAGCGAAGACGGCGGCGCCGACCUCUGUUGCCUGACCAAACUGGAGUCAGAAUCCGGAGCGGGGUCUGGACAGACGGAGGAGAGUGAAGAUUUUUGUGCCGUUUGUGUGAACGGCGGCGAGCUGCUGUGCUGCGACCGCUGCCCGAAGGUCUACCACCUGGAUUGUCAUGUACCUUCUCUCAUUAGCUUCCCUGUAGGAGACUGGGUGUGUACGCUGUGCAGAACCGACAAGGACCCUGUGGAGAACACACACCCGUGCGGGGCGAUCACAGUGCCUUACACGCUCUCCGACCAGGACCAGCGAAGGUGUGAGAAGCUGACUCUCAUGCUGUACUGUCACCCCCUCAGCGCUCCUUUCCACGAUCCCGUCAGUCCGCUGGCCCGAAACUACUAUCAGAUCAUCAAGAGGCCCAUUGAUCUGUCAGUGAUCCGAAGGAAACUGGACAAAUGCAACACCCUGCAUUACUUCACGGCGGAGCAGUUUGUCGACGACAUCUUGCUGAUGUUCAAGAACUGCGCUACUUUCAACUACCCAGACUCGGAGGUGGCCCAGGCCGGCCGGACCCUGGAGGUGUUUUUCCUCGGCAGUCUGCAGGAGGUUUUCCCAGAGCGGACGUUCCCGUCGGCCAGCCUGGACAGGAUGAACAAAGCUCGCAGCCGGUGGCUCGGCAGGAAAAGGAGACAUGUCUUCAGUGGAAGGAAAUUCUACCUGUAGAAUACGUGCAUGUCUUCUGUUUUCGUUUAGCUUUCCAGCCUAUGUCAGCAAGCUUGAAUCACGACAUAGCUAAAGAUGGGAAAACAUUCACAGAGACCUUGAGGUUUGGACUGGAGUCUCUCAUUUGUCAGCUGUUAUUUAUAAUUUCACAUGAAAAUGUAGUGGAUUGUCUUCUCUGCUUAACAGGAAGGUCAGUUUAUGUCACAAAUUAAUUAUAUUUUUCUACUUUGGGGAAAAAAUCCGUCCUUCAGACUUUUCAACGAGAUUGGUUCAACCAGCUGUCUUGACUCUCUGUUGUUGUUCACACUUGUCCUUGCUGAAUGCAGAUCCCCGUCACUGGAAAUAAAUUCUGCCCACUAUGAAAAUACCUGAAGUGGCGCCACCUAGUGGUUCGCAAGACACUGCAUACAAACAGCUGUUUAUUUGCCGUGAUGUGAGCUCAAAGUGUGACGUGGGCAGUUAGGGUUGAAUCCCCAACGUAAACUCGUCCAUGGUUUUUGUCCAUGGCCAGUCACAUUUACCAAAAUAAGUGAGUUAAGAGACUAACAUUUCCAUUUGAGGCUGUGAAUCUUAAAAUAUUAAAAUGUUGGGUUAUUAGUGGUUGUCCAUAACUAUUAAAAGGGUUAAGUUAUCCUCAGCCUGAAAAGGUGU